CAUUCCUUUGCUUUUUCUCAUUCACUCAAAGCUGUACCAUAAUUAAAAAAUGAAGAGAAGAACCAGUGCCUUAAUCCUUUUCAUGUUUUAUGUGGGAGUCUGCUCUAUUGCUUCCUCAAGAUCACUUGCUGUUGGUCCUCCGGCAAAAAGUGGUGCUGGAGUUCCACUUGCGGCAAAGCUUAAGACAUGCUUGAGGCCACCUUGUACCCAUCACACUACUGUACCAGCCGUUCCUCUUGCUGCUACUGUUUCCACGGAGCUUAAGACAUGUUUGAGGCCACCUUGUACCCAUCACACUACUAAACCAGCCGUUCCUCUUGCUGCUACUGUUUCCACGGAGCUUAAGACAUGUUUGAGGCCACCUUGUACCCAUCACACUACUGAACCAGCCGUUCCUCUUGCUGCUACUGUUGCCACGGAGCGUAAGACAUGCUUGAGGCCACCUUGUACCCACCGUACUACUCUACCUCCCAUCGUCUGAUUGCACUCACUCUUAUGAAACUGCUAUCACCUCUCCCCUGAUAAUAAUAUGUAAUAUAUAGAUCCUAUAAUGAGAUCUUACCAUCAAUAAAACAGUUUUUUCUA